AGUUUUAAAAGACUUUAAUCAAAAUAUGGCUCACAUUUUAAAGUCAUUUGCUGCAAAACAGGACAGGCGGAUUUCGAAAUCAAACAAAAACAACGUUUUCAGUCUGGCAUAUCACUGUGUUUUGCUAUUUAAUACUUCCGCAGAGUGGCGUACGAGAGUUUUCAUCACGACUGCAAGCUUGGCCAGUCUGCCUGCAGUUUUCCGGUCAGAAUUCGGCACGAUGGUGUUUCAUGCGUUGUAUAUUUUAAUUGCGCUCCUAAUUAGUGAAGUAUCCGCGUCGCAAAGUUGGAAUACUAGUGUAGAAACUAACGCGACAUGCUGCGAGGCACUGCGUGUUGAUUACAGACAGAAUUGGCUGUACAGUUAUCGCAAGUUGACUGGGUACUUGGAGAGUCUAAAGACUUGGAAUUGCGAGCAGUUUCAAAUUGAAUGCUCAAAGCGAUAUUUUAGUGUGGACGAAUUCUCGUCAUCGGUGUAUUUACACUUUUGUGAGCCCGAGCAAUUUGAGAACCAAACCAGCAAUUUAUCAGUGCCCACCAGUCCUUACAAUGCAACGGCCUUGCCAAGUCCAAUCCAGCAAAUCAUGCAGUAUGAAUCUAGCCAAAGUUUUGUGGAAAUCAACUCUUUUGGAGUCCCGUUCUGUGGGAUUGUAUGGUGCGGGUUUGACGUUGAAACGUAUCAAGUUUUAAAAGUUUCAAUCGGGUCAUGCUUGCCAACAAGUUGCCGCUCUGGAACCUACGUCAUUAUGGCCGUUUGUGGUAUACUAGCCGUUGUAAUUGUUUUGGCGAACGCUACAGUCAUUGUUGUUUUUUGCCGGAGCCGAAAACCCUGGAGCACCCAGACAGUAUAUAAACUGUCUAUGGCCAUCGCUGAUCUGCUGGUCGGACUCUUCGUCUUUCCAGCUUCGAUUGUGACAAUUUAUCUGAACAUUUUCGGCCAUAGAGCGUUGAUAUUAACUCCCAUAAACAGACAAACUAACUGUACCGGUACGGAUCCGACGCACACUUUGCCACUGCAUGAUUGA